UCCUUAUUGCACUAUAUAAAAGCCUCAAAACCCUUCUUCUCCACAUUUCUGUCUGACUCUCACUGACUCUCUUUCUCUCCCAAAAUUAUUAAGAAAAAAAUCCCAAUAAAAAAACCCUAAAUCAGCCAACUAUAUUUUAAUUUUUUCUCUUAAAAAACGAAAUCUUUUGGUUUUGUUUUGUUUUGUUUGGUUUUUGAAGAAAAAUAAGAUUAGGGUUUUGUUAAAGCCGAAUGGCGGAGGAAGAGGUCGUUGUGGCUCCGGCGGUGUCGGAUCUCAAAAGAAAGCUCGAUGAUUUAGACCCGGAAGCUCAGGACCCCGCUCAACCCAGCCCCAACUCCGCUGCUGUCGAGGCUAAUGCCGAUGGUGACGUGGCGGAAGCUGAUGAAGCAGAGGCCAAGCGGCCGAGACACGACGAGGAUAAUGAAAAAGCUGAUGGGAUAGCUAGUAUUAAUGGAUUAAAAGAAGGAAUAUUGGAUGAAGCUGGGGAUGCUGAAAACUUAAGUAAGGAUGCAGCUAAAGAAGAGGUGCAGGAGACUGUGGAGGUUAAGACCGAGCAGGUUUCAUCUGUGGAAGACCGGAUAUCAGGUGACAAAGAGCAUAUCUCUGUGAAAGAGGAAACUAAAGAAGUAUUGGUUAGUGUUAAAGGGGAAACAGAAGAAGCCUCUGUUACUGUCAAAGAGGAAACAAAAGAAGUCACUGUUGAAGGGGAAGAAAGUCUAGAACCCUCUAAUGAGGAACCUCGGCAAGAGAGUGAUGAUUCUAAGCUUGAUGAGCCAGCUUCAAAUGAUGCUUCGACUGUGACCCGCAGAAUAGAGGUCCCUAAUAACAAGGUUGGAGUUCUUAUUGGCAAGGCUGGGGAUACCAUAAGGUACCUGCAGUACAAUUCGGGGGCAAAAAUUCAAAUAACAAGGGAUGCUGAAGCUGACCCCUAUUCGACUACAAGACCUGUGGAAAUAGUUGGGACUUUAAGUAAUAUAAACAAGGCUGAGAAGCUUAUAAGUGCUGUCAUAGCAGAGGCAGAUGCAGGGGGCUCACCUUCCCUAGUAGCUAGGGGUCUUGCUACUGCACAGGCUGCUGGGAUUGGAGAACAAGUUGAGAUAAAAGUUCCAAACGAGAAGGUUGGUUUAAUCAUUGGUAGAGGUGGAGAGACUAUCAAAGGUCUGCAGACCAGGUCUGGGGCACGAAUCCAGGUACUGAUACCUCAACAUCUUCCUGAAGGAGACGGUUCCAAAGAGAGGACAGUGCGAGUUACUGGUGAUAUGAGACAGAUUGAGAUAGCUCAAGAAAUGAUAAAGGAUGUUUUGAAUCAGACUGUGAGGCCAUCACCUCUUUCUGGUGGUUUUAAUCAGCAAUCCUAUCGACCUCGUGGACCCUCUGGUCCACCUCAGUGGGGUCCACGGGGUCCUCCCCCAUCGCAGCCAAUGGGAUAUGACUAUCAGCAACGAGGACCUUAUCCGUCUCAGAAUUCCCAGUAUCCACCUGCAACAUAUGGUGGUUAUCCUUCACAGCAAAUGGGUCCAAGAAGUAAUUUUGGUGGUCCUCCAAGUAUGCAUGGCCCUCCUCAUGGAGGUGCCGGUUGUUACGAUUACUAUGGUGGGCAAGGAGGUCAUGAUCACCCAGGCUCUGUUGCACAUUCAACUCCCAAUCAUGGGCAUGGUCCUGGCCCUACGCUGGCCUCAGCAGGAGGCCCACCUCCGUCCCAGGCCAAUUACAACUAUGGGCAGCCACAUGGUCAUGAUUACGGGCAUCAACCUCCCUAUGCCCAGACAACUCCUCAGCAGGGUUAUGGGCAUGGAUAUGAUGAACCAAAGUAUGACAAUCAUGCUCAAAUGCAGCAUCCCUAUGGAGGACAUGGAAACUCUCAGGCAGUAUACUCGCAGGGUAGCAUGCAACCAGGUUUUCCUCAACAGCAGCAAUAUGGUAAGCCCCCAUCAUACAACAUGCCACCACAGGGACAACCACAAUCUUAUGGCCCUCCCCGGCCGGGUCAACCAGGAGAUAUGCCUUACCAAGGUUCUGUUCCAUCAGCCCAAUCAUAUGGUGCUAAUGUGCCACAUCAACAGCAAUAUCCAUACGCAACAAGUGGAGCUAUGCAACAAACCUAUCCUGCAUAUGGUUCUGCACCAGCUACUGAGGGUUAUAAUCAACAAGCGGCUGCAUCUGGUCCAGGCUAUCCUCAACAAGUUGGCCAGUCUGUUCCCAGUUAUACUCAGCUGCCUAGUGGGCAACAAGCUGCUGGCUACGGGCAAGUGGCUGCUACUGGUGGAUACGCGUAUACCAAUUCACAACAAGGUUACCCCGAGCAGCCAGGCACCACCAAUGCAAGUUAUGGUUACCAAGGGACUCAAGAUCCUAAUUAUGGAGGUAGUGGCCCUGCUUCAGCUUAUACUGCACCAGCGAGUGGCCAGCAAGCUUAUGCUCAACCAACAGUGGCUCAACCAAGCUACGAACAGGCUGCUGCACAACCAGCUGCAUAUGGGGUUGCUCAAGGGAGUGCUCCAGUUGGUUACGGAAAAACUGUGUCGCCGCAGCCUGGUUAUCCUCAAUACGAUGCUACCCAGAUGUAUGCUGCACCUCGUUGAAAACUUUUCUUGUAGCGUGUAGGUGUACCGGAUAUUGAUUAGUUAGCUGUAGCUUCAGUUAGGUCUAUUUCUCUGACUGCUGAUAUGAGUUUCAGUUUUUAGAUUGUCAUUUUCGGGUGGUGUCUGGAAAAUGCUUAUAUUUCUUACAUGCAGCUAAUACUUGUUGAGAAUGUUGUUGCUCUACUAUUUUGAUGUAUGCUUUGGAUGAUAUGAUCUCAAUGACUCCCGUAUUUUUUUUUCCC